CCACGGGCUAUCCGGACGUCCCUCCGCCGAGCCACGCUCCAUCUUUCCUGCGCACAGCCUGAACCCGUCGGAUCGACGCGCAGACUGGAGCCAUGGCUGAGAGCGGCCGGACACCUCAGGCCCGGGCGAUCCUGCAGCAAUGCCUGCGCGCCCGGCUGCAAGUACGCCCCGCCGAGGGCGACGCCACGGCCCAGUGGGUGGAGGUUCAGAGAGGAUUAGUGAUCUACGUGUGCUUUUUCAAGGGAGCUGAUCAAGACCUUCUUCCCAGAAUGGUUAAUACGUUGUUAAAUGUGAAAUUAAGUGAAACAGAAAAUGGCAAGCACGUCUCUAUAUUGGAUCUACCUGGCAACAUUCUUAUCAUCCCUCAAGCCACUCUUGGGGGGAAAGUAAAAGGAAGAAAUAUGCAGUAUCACUCUAACUCUGGCAAAGAAGAAGGGUUAGAACUUUAUUCCCAAUUUGUGACUCUGUGUGAAAAACAAUUAGCUGCUAAUGACAAGUGUGCCGAAGCUGGGGUCGUGGUUGAACAUGGCACUUACGGGAACCGGCAGGUGUUAAAGCUGGAUACCAAUGGACCGUACACACACCUCAUUGAGUUUUGAAAAUUAAAAGUUAGUUUCUGCAGUUGUUUUGUGGUAUUAAAUGAUCUGAUCUGUAAUUAGAUUUUCUUCCCCUUCUUGAACACACUAAUCUGCAGCAUUUUCAGACAAGGAAAUCCUGAGUCCCAUCCAUAACUCUGCAGCCUACUAAUUGGAUGAUUUUGCCAAGCAGGUAAACUCUAGAUCUCAGUCAUCUCUCAUUCUGCUUUCCCCUACACUUUGGCUCGAAAUUUUGAAAAUUGCUUUCUAUUCACUUUAUGGUCAUUGUGGAAAUGUUCUUAGGGAGCUGUAUUUAAAUAUUUUACAAUAAGUUUUGUACAAUCAAAAAAAAUAUAUUUCUUACACCUUCAAAUGUAUGUAGUAUGUAAUAAAAAUAACUGUUCGUAUUAAAAUUAGGUAAAAUCCAGCACAAACCAAUUAUAAUUUUGUCAGUUUUGUUUUACUAUUUGUCUUCUAUAUUUUGAAUGAAAGAAUAUGCAAUGUACUAUUCUAUUUAAUGUCUAUGAAAAUGUAACAUAUAAAUGUUAUUGGGCAUUAUAAUAUUACUUUCCAGGGAUAUCCAUAUGCUUUAGAAUAUGUUAAGAGUCUUUAGUUGAGAUAGGAACAAGGUAUGGGGGAUUAAAAGAUGUUUUUAUUUAACAUACCAAUGGGUUAAUAUUGUUUCUCAUUUUUGUACCAAACAAUGUACGUUUCAUUUUUUAUCUUUGGUUUUUAAAAGUUACUGCUUCAUGAUAUUAGUGUUAGUUCAUAAAUUUUUAGCAAGCUCCUUUCUUGUUGAAUUAGAUAUUGCUAUAAAAGGAAGAAAAAGGGAAACUUUCUAUUGGAAUUAUUUGAAAAGAAGCUCAUUUCCAUGCUCUCUACUUAAUGAUUUUGAGCUAGUGCCAUUUUUUUCUAUUAGUGAAUGUUUGUGUCCCCUCCCCCAUUCAUAUGUUGCAGUUCCCCAGUGUGGUGGUAUUUGGAGAUGAGGCGUGUGGGAGGUAAUUGGGGGUAAUGAGGCUCUGAGAGUGAAGCCCUCAUGAUGGGAUUAGUGUUCUCUGAAGAAGAGACACUGGAGAGCUUGCUUGCUCUCCUCCCAUCAUGUGAGGAUGCAGUGAGAAUAGGAUGCAGUGAAAAGAGAUGCAUCUGCAAGCCAGGAAGAGAACCCUCACCAGAAACUGACCAUGCUGGCACCUUGAUCUUAAACUUCUAGCCUCCAGACUGUGAGAAAAUAAAUUUCUGUUUAAGCCACCCAGUAUAUGAUUUUUUUGUUAUGACAGCCCGAGCUGACUAAGAGAGCGACAUAAGGUAGACAGCUAAUCAGGUAGACUUUUCAAAGGCAAGAGGAGAAUAUGUAAGAAAUUGGAACAAUGCAAUAUAUAGAUGAUGUAUUAUAGAAAUGUACACUUGAAACCUGUAUAAUUUUACUAACCAUUAUCACCCCAAUAAGUUAAUACAUAAAUAGAAUAAAGAAAAUUGAAAGAAUAAAGGAAUCAAUAAAAGGUAAUAUUCAGUUUUUCAAACUCUUCUGAUAUGAUUUUAAAAGAUAUUUUAAAGAAAAAAGACCAAAUGAUAUUUCUAAUUACCAAAAAGAUGAAGAAAUUAAACAAAUAUCUUAAGUAGCUGCUGAAAAUUCUUUAUGUCUAAUAACUUCUUCAGUUCUGUGUUCCUUAGAUACUUUAAAUUUUUAUCACAAAAAUAAUCCUGUUUUCUCUAUAUUCUUCCUGUACUGUUCUAUUUUGGAAUAGAGAAUCAAUAACUGGCUUGGUAAUGAGCUCUUCAGUCCUCAACUUUUGCUUUAUUGAUUCACAAUACACUUAUUGAAAUGUAAUGUUCAUAUACUUGCAAACUCCAAUUUUCUCAAAACUUCUCCAAGGACGUAUAUAUGUCUUUCAAAAAGAUUAUGUGUUUCCUGUUUUAAAUCAUUUUGAUUUUGUGUGUAGGUGAAAUGCUGACUCAUAGCCCUAGAUUGCUAUUUUAUAGUUCAGGCAAUUCUUUAAAAAAAAUUUGCUUGAGGUAUUUGUGGAGAAUAGCAGUUUCAACUACAUGAAGGGUUAUUAAGCAGAAGGUGACACCAACUUUGUUUCAUUUCCAGGGAAGUUAUCUAGCACAAGAGGGAAAAGGCAGGAGAAAUGGUGGAUAUGGAAAUAACUACACCUUGUUAAAACUGGUUAAAAUGGUAAAUUUUAUUAUGUAUAUGU